GAAGAAAGAACAGAAAAAAAUGUUAUGUGGCAUGUGUGAAGGGAACCAUCGUCCCGGCGCGGUUUGUUUUGCUCUUUCCGAGAGGGUCCUGAAGGAAGGCGGGCCCCUUAAGCAUGGCUCCCAAGAGGAACAAUAUCAUCCCCAACUGCCACUUCCACAAGGACUGGCAGCGCUAUGUGCGGACGUGGUUCAACCAGCCGGCCCGCAAGCAGCGACGCCGCAACAAGAGGCAGGUCAAGGCCAGGCAGGUGGCCCCGAGGCCCCUUGGCAAGCUGAGGCCCAUCGUGCGCUGCCCAACCUUCAAGUACAACACUAAGCAGCGGCUGGGCAAGGGCUUCACCCUGGAGGAACUGAAGGGUGCUGCUCUGAACCCCAAGUAUGCACGCACCAUUGGCAUUGCCGUGGACUAUCACCGCACCAAUAAGUCCAUGGAAUCCCUGCAGCAGAAUGUGCAGCGCCUCAAGGUGUACAAGAGCAAGCUGAUUCUCUUCCCUCUGAAGACUGCCAAGCCAAAGAAGACCGACUCCACGCCACAGGAGAUUGCCCUGGCACAGCAGAUGAAGGGAGUGGUGAUGCCUCACAUCCCCAAGGCCAGGAAGGAGAAGGCCCGAGGCAUCAGCAAGCGCCAGAAGAAGUACAGUUGCUUCAAUGCCCUCCGCCGGGAGCGGGCCAUUGCACGCACGUGGGGCAUGCGCGCCAAGAAGGCGAAGGAAGCUGCCGAGGACGCUGCCGUCACGGGCAAGAAAUGAAAACUGUAAACUAUAAGAGUAAACUUGAGAAAGAA